UUCAAUUAUUAAAUACAACCCUCGUCCCUACCGUGAACCAUCGAAAGCCCGCGAUCUCACGGAGAGACCCGGAUUGAAACGUAGAAACUACCCCCACCCUCUCUCGAACAUAAAACUAUUUGCAGGAUAAUUGAUGCCGAAAUACUCUUUUUUUUUUCUUGCAAUAACUGUGGCCUAAUCAUUGUUUUCUGAUUUACCAAGUCAACAAAUAUCAAAUAUCAUUCACGUGCAUAUACACACACUGCGUCUUCUCACCCAUUAUCGUUUCAAGCUUCCUUUUCUGUCUACCUUUCUUGGUUCCUUUUGAUCUAGCAUUUGCUUUCUGCUCGGGCGAACCUGUUUGUGCGAGGUCGGUUGGCGGCUCCGAUUGGGUUUUAAAGUGCUUUAAUUAGGAUGUUAAUGUGGUGAAAAUGAUGAAUCAAGGAGAGAGCAGCGACGCUAGUACUGCUGUUGAGAAGCAUCAGAUCAACGAUACACACCAAGUUCAAUCAUCUUAUUUUCCGCCUAAUUGUGCUGUGGCAUCAUGGAGCACACAAGGGGAGAAUGGAGAUCUUUCUACUUCUGGCUACAAUCAUGAUCAACAAGUGGAUCCAAACUUGAAAAAUGGUCAAGAUGGAACAAAUUUGGUGUCUAAUGGCUCUACAUCAAAUCCAGGACCUGCAAAUUUGGUACAAGGUUAUAGUGGUUAUGCUGCUUAUCCAAAUUCUGAUCCCUAUGGAUACAGCAGCACAGGUUAUGCAGCUUACUACAAUCAUUAUCAGCAGCAACCGGGUCAGUAUCAACAGCCACCCGGUCAGUAUCAACAGCAGUCCAGUCAGUAUCAACAGCAGCCCAGUCAGUACCAACAGCAGCCCAGUCAGUACCAACAGCAGCCCAGUCAGUAUCAACAACAGCCCAGUCAGUACCAACAGCAGCCCAGUCAGUACCAACAACAGCCCAGUCAGUAUCAGCCGCAAUCUAAUCAGUCUUACCCUCAUCAUGUAGGAGCUUACCAAAACACAGGUGCUCCUUAUCAGCCUCUUUCCUCAUUUCAAAAUACAGGGUCUUAUGCUGGGCCUGCAAGUUACUCAAGCACUUAUUACAAUCCUGGUGAUUAUCAGACGUCUGGAAGUUACACCAGUGGCAACUAUGGUACACAGACCAACUUGUGGCAUGGAGGGCAAUAUGCAACGUACGGUUCCCAUCAGUAUCCAAACUACACUCCGGACUCAACUUCAGCCUAUAGUUCUAGCACUGCUGUUGCAACUUCACAAUAUCAGCAACAUUAUAAGCAGUGGGAGGACUAUUACAAUCAAACUCAAACGGAAGUCAGCUGUGCUCCUGGGACUGAGAAUGUAUCUGUCUCAAUUGCAUCUAGUGUAAAUAAUUCUGUUCCUAGUGGGAGUAGUGGAUAUACAGCUUCAAACAACCAGAUGCCUGCAGCUUACACCCCUUCGUGGAGGCCAGAGUUUAGUUCUUCUGAUUUGACUUCUGUGCAGCCUGUUGCAGUGAGUGGCAGUGCCCCUGAAGGUUACUGGAAACAUGGGGCUUCUGCUUUACAAAAUGACUUACCUAACUCUGUAGAACCGCAUGCUCAAAAGCCACCAGAAGUAACUCCUGCUCAUGAAAGUUUCCAAAAUCAACAGACCUCUACCUUUUCCCAAGGCUCUACUGCACUGUAUCCAGCUUCUUGCCAAUUUUCUCAGAUUCAACAGUCAUCCUUCCAAGCUGGUCUGCAACCUUCUGAACCUCUAGAUUCACGCAGGGCAAGCAAAUUGCAAAUUCCAACCAAUCCAAGAAUUGCUUCAAACCUACCCUCGAGUAUAUCAAAAUCCGACAAAGAUAGCUCUAUGACUAGUACAGGUGCAAAGCCAGCCUAUGUCAGUGUCAUAAUGCAGAAUCCAAAUCAAAAAGUUGCAUCGUACGAGGAAGAUGAUUCCAUGCUCAAGCCUGGUAUGUUUCCAAAGUCAUUGCGUGGUUAUGUUGAGAGGGCUUUGGCUCGUUGUAAAAAUGAUAGGCAAAAGACAGCCUGCCAAGCUGUCUUGAAGGAGGUAAUAACAAAAGCAACUGCUGAUGGCACACUUUACACGAAAGAUUGGGACACUGAGCCUCUAUUCCCCCUGCCGACUACUGAUGCUUUUAACAAGCAUGAUACACAGUUACCUAUACCAACCUCUGUAAUGCCAAAGAGUAAGAGUCCUAGUCGGCGAGCCAAAAGUAGGUGGGAGCCUAUUCCAGAAGAGAAGGUGGUUGACAAAUUUGCUAAUAUUUCUUAUGGAACUGCAAAAUAUGGUGGCUGGAACAGCAAACAGUUUUCAGGUGGAAAAAUAGAGAAUAAGGACCAUUUUGGCACAAAAUUUUCUUUAUCAGAUCAGAAAGGUUCCAGUAAAAAUUUUACCAGACCUGCUAAGAGGCAGCGUCUUGGCGAAGACCUGAAUGCUGGUGAUGAUGGUGAUAUUUCUAGCGAUAGUGACAAGGAACAAAACCUGACAAAAUAUUAUUCUGCUGCAAUUGCACUUGCGGACUCACCAGAGGAGAAGAAAAGGCGCGAAAAUCGUUCGAAACGUUUUGACAAGGGACAUGGAAACCAAGUAGAAAAAAAUAACUUAAGAGGAAAAGAUGUGGGAGCUGGUAAAUCAUAUGCAAGACGUGCUAGUGCGGUAGUGCUUAGCAGAACAUUUGACGAAAGUGGGAGCAGGGCUGUUGAAGAUAUUGACUGGGAUGCUCUUACUGUUAAGGGAACGUGUCAGGAAAUUGAGAAACGCUACCUGCGCCUUACUUCUGCACCUGAUCCUGCUACGGUGAGACCUGAAGAGGUGUUAGAAAAAGCUUUGCUAAUGGUUCAAACUUCUCAAAAGAAUUACCUUUACAAAUGUGAUCAGUUAAAAUCAAUACGACAAGAUCUUACUGUACAACGUAUACGCAAUGAGCUUACAGUUAAGGUGUAUGAAACUCAUGCUAGAUUGGCUAUUGAAGUGGGGGACUUGCCAGAGUAUAAUCAGUGCCAAUCACAAUUAAAAACACUGUAUGGUGAAGGAAUUACAGGAUGCCAUAUGGAAUUUGCAGCGUACAAUUUACUAUGUGUGAUGUUGCACUCGAAUAAUAACAGGGAUCUCCUGUCAGCAAUGUCCAGAUUAUCAGCUAAUGCUAAAAAGGACAAAGCAGUAAAACAUGCUCUUUCAGUUCGUAGUGCUGUGACAUCUGGAAAUUAUGUGACAUUUUUCAGACUUUAUAAGACGGCACCUAAUCUUAACACCUUUCUUAUGGAUCUUUAUGUUGAAAAAAUGCGAUAUGCAGCUGUAAAAUGUAUGUCUCGUUCAUAUCGUCCUACAGCUCCUGUGUCAUAUCUUUCUCAAAUUCUCGGCUUCACUAAUGCAUUGCCUACAAGUGAAUCAAGUGAUGAGAAGGAAGUGGAUGGUGUGGAAGAGUGCAUAGAAUGGUUAAAAGCCCACGGUGCAUGCCUCAUUUCAGAUAGCACAGGGGAAACAUUACUUGAUGCAAAGGCUUCUGCAUCGAGUCUAUAUAUGCCGGAGCCUGAAGAUGCUGUAUCGCAUGGAGAUGCAAGUCUUGCAGUUAAUGAUUUUUUGACUCGGAGUUUAGCGUAGGUCAAUCAGCCAACGAGGUUCAAAGAGUCCCCUGCAGAAAGCUAGUGAUAUAGGUCUGCUGAAUCAUGAAACAGCUUCAAACAUCAAAAUCUUGAAUUGAGUCAUGGAAUGACGUGUUGAAACAAAUGACCUGGAGUUGGCAAUAUUUAGUGAGAGUCCCACCUGUACGAUUAAAGAGACCACGUAAGAGUACAACUGUAUGAUUCAAGCAUUAUGUGAAAUUCACAUGGAGAUGAAUUGCUACAUUUACGAUGUUAUCCGAGUAGUAGAGGCUGCCUAUUGUGUGCAUCAACCUCGUUGUAUCCAUGAAGUAACCAUUCUUUUCAUUAUAGUACAUUUUCGCAUACUGUAAUAAGAGGAGCAAAAUUAGGUGGCUGUACUCUUAACUGUAUAUUGGUCGAGUAUAACAUGAUAACUUUGACAUGAUGUUUA